AUGAAGAUUCUGGCACCUAAUAAGCAAUGGAUGGAACUUAUUACCGAUAGACUUGCUAAUGCUUAUAUAGAUGGAGUAGAGAAUUUCUUGGAUUAUGCUUUCACAAAAUUAGGAGAACCAAUGUCGAUCCGUUGUCCAUGUAUUAAAUGUGGUAAUGCAACUUCUAGAACACGUGUUGUAGUUAGGUCACAUUUAAUAGUACAUGGGAUAAUACCAAGUUAUACUUUUUGGUAUCACCAUGGGGAGAUGUUAGGUGAAGCACAAUCAGAGUUUGAAUUUAUAGAUGAUAAUGACAUUGAAGAGGAUGACGGUAAGGAUGAAAUACAUGGGUUGCUAAGAGAUUUGUACCCCGAUUUUGAUGGAGACAAUAUGAAUAAUAGUACUGGUGAUGUUCUUCGGGAGGAGGAACCAAAUGCUGAAGCAGAAAGAUUUUAUAGGUUAUUGAAAGAUCUUGAUCUACCAUUAUAUGAAAGUGCAAAAGUUUCUAAACUUUCUACUUUGAUUAAAUUGCCUCACCUUAAAAGUAUUGGUCAUUGGAGUAAUGAGUCAUUUACGAUGCUAUUAAAGUUUUUGAAAGAUGAUUUAUUGCUUAAUGGAACAAACUUGCCGGAUUCAUAUUAUGAGGCAAAGAAGGUAAUUCGAGAUCUUGGGCUUUCUUGUAAGAAGAUUGAUGCAUGUAAGAAUGAUUGCAUGUUGUAUUGGAAGGAUGAUAAUUGUCUUCAAUCGUGCAAAGUUUGUGGUGCAUCUAGAUGGAAGGAUGCUAAACAUAGUGGGGAAACAAAAUUGAAAGAAGGAAAAAAGAUACCAUGCAAGAUUUUACGUUAUUUUCCUCUAAAGCCAAGACUUCAAAGAUUAUUUAUGUGCUCAAAGACAUCUCCUUUGAUGUCAUGGCAUCAUGACAAAAGAGUUGAUGAUGGAAUAAUGAGGCAUCCAGCUGAUUCAAUGGCAUGGAAAAAAUUUGAUGAAAUCCACCCAUCUUUUGCAGCUGAACCUCGUAAUGUACGACUUGGACUUGCUAGUGAUGGUUUCCAACCAUUUGGAAUGUCGAGAACUCCCUACAGCAUUUGGCCUGUGGUACUUGUUCCUUAUAAUUUUCCCCCUUGGCUUUGCAUGAAGCAAGAGAAUUUUAUUUUGUCAAUGCUUAUACCUGGUCCUAAUGGUCCUGGUGAUGCAAUUGAUGUCUAUCUACAACCUUUAAUAGAGGAGUUGAAUGAAUUAUGGGAAACUGGAGUAGAGACAUUCAAUGCAUCAACUAGAAAGAAUUUUAAGUUACAUGCAUCUUUGUUGUGGACCAUUAAUGACUUUCCAGCAUAUGCCAACUUGUCUGGAUGGAGUACAAAAGAAAAACUUGCUUGCCCAUGUUGCAAUAAAAAAACUUGCUCUACAAGGCUAAAAAAUGGCCAAAAAGAGUGUUAUAUGGGCCAAAGGCGCUAUCUUCCUCUUAAUCACAAAUGGAGAAAUGAUAAAGUGUCAUUUGAUAACACUGUUGAGCAUAGGCUACCACCAGAAAUGUUGUCUGGUGAUGAUAUACUUGAUCAAGUUGCUGAUUUAGAUGGGUUGCCAUUAACAAAGGAUCCACGGAAAAAGAUUAAAAUAUCGCAUAAGAAAAGGUGUGAUAACUGGAAUAAGAAGAGUAUAUUCUUUGAUCUUCCAUAUUAG